AUGGGUUCAUGUGUUGCAGUAUGGCAGGAAGAACAUCAUCGAGUUGAGAUCAUUCACAAUGAUCAAGGCAAUAAAAUUACACCUUCUUUUGUUGCUUUCACAGAAAAUCAGAGAUUGAUCGGUGAUGCUGCUAAGAAUCAAGCUUCUGCCAACCCUCAAAACACCGUCUUUGAUGCUAAGAGGUUAAUUGGUAGGAAGUUUAGUGAUUCUAUUGUUCAAGAUGAUAUACUUUUAUGGCCAUUCAAAGUCAUUGCUGGGGACAAUGACAAACCCAUGAUUAUGGUUAAGUACAAGGAUCAAGAAAAGCAACUAUAUCCCGAAGAAGUAUCAUCUAUGGUACUCGCCAAAAUGCGGGAGAUUGCUGAGACAUAUUUAGAAUCAAAAGUUAAUAAUGCAGUUGUUACUGUGCCAGCUUAUUUUAAUGAUUCUCAAAGAAAAGAAACUAUAGAUGCCGGUGUUAUUGCUGGCCUCAAUGUUAUGAUAGUAAUGAAUGAACCCACUGCUGCAGCAGUUGCAUAUGGCCUUGACAAGAGAAUUGGUUGUGUUGGAGAAAGGAAUAUUUUAGUGUUUGAUCUUGGUGGUGGCACAUUUGACGUUUCUAUACUAACUAUUAAGGACAGCGUCUUCCAAGUUAAGGCCACUGCAGGAAACAUUCACCUCGGGGGAGAGGACUUGGAUAACCGAAUGGUGAACUACUUUGUACAAGAGAUCAAGAGAAAGAACAAAGUUGACAUAAGUGGGAAUUCAAGAGUUUUAAGGAGUUCGAGAAAGAAUAAAGGCGACAGUAGUGGGAAAUACUCAAAAGCUUUGAGGAGGUUGAGAAGUGCUUGUGAGAGGGCAAAAAGAUCACUUUCUUUCCUCGUUACUGCCACUAUUGAAGUAGAUUCUUUAUUUCAAGGCAUUGACUUUUGUUCAUCCAUCAAUAGAGCCAAAUUUGUGGAAAUGAAUAUGGACCUUUUUAAUGAGUGUAUGAAGAUUGUUGAAAGUUGUCUAAUGGAUGCUAAGAUGGACAAGAGCAUGAUAGAUGAUGUUGUCCUUGUUGGCGGGUCUUCUAGGAUUCCUAAAGUACAACAAAUAUUACAGGAGUUUUUCAAUGGGAAGGAGUUGUGCAAAAGCAUUAAUCCUGAUGAGGCUGUGGCUUAUGGGGCAGCUGUUCAGGAUGCGUUGUUGAGUGAAGGAAUUAUGAAUGUUCCAAAGUUGGUGCUGCAGGAUGUUACACCUUUGUCUCUUGGCAGGUCAGUGCUUGGAGAUAUCAUGAGCGUGGUGAUUCCGAGGAACACUUGCAUUCCUGUCAAAAAUAGACGAGGAUAUAUUACCAUUGAAGAUAACCAAUCGGAAUCCUUGAUCGAGGUUUAUGAGGGUGAGAGAACAAGAGCGAGUGACAACAAUUUGCUCGGUUCCUUUUUUCUUUCUGGUCAUACUCCUGCUCCUCGCGGCCACCCUUUUGAUGUUUGUUUUGCUAUUGAUGAAAAUGGCAUUUUGACAGUUUCUUGUAAGGAAAAAUGCAGUGGCAAAAGGAAUGAAAUUACAAUAACCAAUUACAAAGAUAGGAUGUCAGCUGAAGAAAUUAAAAAAUCGAUUAUGGAAGCUGAGAAAUACCAAAUUGAAGACAAGAAAUUCCUAAGGAAGGCCAAUGCGGUGAAUGCAUUGGAUGACUACAUUUACAAAAUAAGAAAUGCUUUAAAGAAAAAGGAUAUUGAUACAAAGCUCUCCUCGGAAGAAAUUGAGAUUAUGGAAUCUACAAUUGCUGCGACUGCAAAUUUGAUUGAUGAGAAUAACCAAGAUGUUGAACUAGAUGAUCUGGAGGACCAUCUAAAGGCACUUGAAAGUACCAUGGAAGACAUUUUAGCAAAGACUAUUUAG